AUGUACUCCCAGCGUCCUCUAUCAUAUGCGCCAACACCCUAUAGCUAUACUCCAGACCCGGCAAGGUCGGCCUCGAUCAACCUCGAUGAAGAAGUCAAAUUGGUUUCCAGCUCAGGAGAACGCGAUCUCUACGAAUCUCUCGCUGAGAUUUACAGCAUUAUUGUCACCCUCGAUGGGCUCGAAAAGGCUUACAUCAAAGAUGUAGUGACAGAGGCGGAGUAUACCGAGACAUGCACGCGACUACUGAAACAAUACAAGUCAAGUCUGGGUGAUGAGACUGUUGCGCGAGAAUUUAAGGACUUGGAAUCAUUCAAACAAACAUGGGGUCUAGAAUGCCCCCGAGCCACAGAGCGAUUACGAAUUGGUCUCCCCGCGACUGUCGAACAAGCUUCCCAUAAUGUACCCACAUCCGGCGGUGGUGCUCAAGGAGGAUCGGGAGCCGGUGCAUCGGCCAGUUUGAUCAUGGCCGCGACAGAGAACUUCAUUACCUUCCUCGACGCAUUGAAGCUGAACAUGGUGUCAAAGGAUGCACUACAUCCCUUGCUCUCAGAAGUCAUCCAAUCGGUGAACAAAGUCACUGAUGGGGAGUUUGAAAACCGAGGAAAGAUUAUUCAAUGGCUGAUUACUCUCAAUCAAAUGCGGGCCACGGAAGAGUUAAGCGAUGACCAGGCAAGGGAAUUGGCCUUUGAUAUCGAGCAGGCUUAUCAAGGCUUCAAAUCAACUUUGAAUUAA